AGCCCGGGAGUGGGUUCUCACGGCUCAGUGCUCACCAUUGCCCUUCAGGGAGGGGGCCUUGGCCAGAGCCCAGUGCGGCGCGGAGUCCGCAGGAGCGCCCCGGGCCUGGGCACGCGGGGUCGGGGAGGCUCCCGACGGGAUUAUGGGAGAGCGCGUCCCGCCCCACGCGGAUUCGGGACCCUGGGAGUUCCUCGAGCCGCAUCCGGCACCUUUAGUGAGCAGUCCAUCUCUCUCAGUCCAUCCCAUCCUUCCCAGGGCCAGAGUCCACUCCAGAAGCUGAGCAGCCAUGACAUUUGCUGAAGAGAAGACCUAUAAGUAUAUCCGGGACAACCACAGCAAGUUUUGCUGUGUUGACGUUUUGGAGAUCCUGCCUUACCUAUCCUGCCUCACACCCAGUGACCAGGAUCAACUGCGGGCUUCCUACAAGCAACUAGGGAACCGGGACACACUCUGGGACCUCUUCCAUAAGCUCCAGCGUCGAGUUGGCUGGGUAGAGGUCUUCAUCCGGGCCCUGAGACUUUGUGAGCUGCCUGGGCUGGCUGAGCAAGUGACUCGAGUGUAUCAGAGCUACCUGCCUCCUGGGACUUCACUCCGCUCCCUAGCGCCACUGGAGUCACCAGCAAUUCCUGCCACAGCUGCAGGACCUUCUGCCUAUGCUCCAGGCCACAGCAUUCCUGACAAUGGCUACCAAGAGAAACCAAGCUACCCCAGGCCUGUCCAGGACACCCAGCCACCAAGGUCCCCAGGAGAGAACUCAGAGCAAGUCCCACAGGCCAGCUUCGGGGCUGGUGACUCUCUGAUGCCCUCACCUAACCUACAAGCUCUUAGUCCUCAGCCCUCCAGAGAGCAUCAUGGUCAAGAACCAGAACGGGGUGGCACGUCCACAGCAAGUAUGCAUCGAAAGUGGUAUCCUCAGACCUCCCAAGGGAAGGGUAGGGUUACAGUUACCACUUGGCCUUCCUCGGACAGGAUGCAGGGUGUUGACUCCAUUCCCAUACCGCAGCAUGGACCUGUGUCUCCCACUGUCUCCUUCCAGCCCCUUCCACGUACUACCCGUAGGACAAGCCACGUGCCUGGGGCCACGGGAUCUGUUCCAUCUCCUGAUACCUCCUUGUCUCCCCCUUCCACUGAAUUGGCUUAUGCAAAGGGAGCUGGUGACCAGGCCAAGGCUGCCCCCUGUCUCAGCACUGAUGGGGGAGAACUCACCAAUUCUAUAACUACCAGCUCAGUGCCUUCUACCAAAUUGGUACCAACAACUACUGUGUCUUCCAAAGUAUCCUCCAAGUUGCCGAUCAGUUCAAAGCCCACUGCUGCAGUGCCCUCUUCUGUGCUCACCAAUACAACACCAUCAAAGUUACCCAUCAACUCAGCAUAUGCUGGCGCAAUGCCGUCCAAAGUGCCUGCUAGUGUGGCCAAAGCACCUGCCAACAUAAUGCCACCUAACAGGAGCAGCAGCAAAGCCAAGGAGACCCUAGAGCCUCCAGCAACCACAAGUACCACUGGAGGCAACCUGCCCGGACCAGAUGGCAGCUUCAGGAGCUUGCGCUCCACGACUGAGAUGAGCAAACCAGGUGUGCUGGUGUCCCAGGUGGAUGAGCCGUUUUCAGGCUGUUCUCUGGACCUUGCCAUCAGCUCCAGCAGCUCCUUCGGCUCAGGACCCAAUCAUGGGCCGGAGGAGAAUGAGUAUUCGUCCUUUAGGAUCCAGGUGGACGAGAGCCCCAGUGCUGACCUCCUGGAAGGAAGCCCUGGGCCACGAGCCACCCAGAAGCCCCCAGAAGAGAAAGAAGAGCUUUGUGCCAGUUCAGUAUCCUGGGUUAAGUGGCUCGGGGCAACCGGUGCACUCUUGGCCGCAUUCUUGGCAGUGAUGCUGUACCGUAGUAGGCGCCUGGCCCAGUGAAGCCUCAGCUGUGUGUCACUCACUUGCUCAGUUCCGUCAAGCAUGUUCUCUAGGCUCGGGCUGGUGGAGGCUGAGUUAGGGGAACCUAGAGAUGGUGAUUCCUUCAAGUGCUCCAUCCUCUGUGGGGUAGGGGAGAGAUUCUUUCCAUCCUAGUUCAUGCCAUCUUUUGGUCUUUAGGUGUUUGCGGCACUGGGUUAGCUCCACCACUUCUGACCUGGCCACACGGCAGUUUAGGAUCUCAUGCUAUGUGCUUCUAAGCAGGUGUCCCCAUCAGUCUCAUCCCUCUUGGCCCAAGCCUGAAGAUCAGGAGGUGUCACUCUGUUGACAGUGCCCCUCGUCCUGCCCAGGCUCCUUGAAACAUAAGCACAGGUAUAUUGGUGAGAGCUCCCAUAACAUCUUGUGCCUUCCACCAGCAGUCUGGCCUAAGGCCUUGGCACUAGAGCCUGGGAGUAGCGGAGUGGCUGGUUUCUAGGAAGCUUUGAAUACUCUGUCUCUCUGUAACCCCUCCACAGGCAGGCUACCCUAAGGGAAGGUCACGCGGUUCCCUAUGGACUCCAAGAAAGCCAGAAGCAGCUGCCAGGCCUGAGGAAGACCCUGGGAGCCCUCCUCUAGCCUCCUUACCUCCUCCUCUUCACAUUUUCCCUCCUGGUCUCCAUUCUCUUUGGCUUCCUACCCUGGAUGAUGGAACACUAGUGGGCGGAGCUCAGGCUGGGCUUGGAUUUCAGUUCUAUUCUUUCUCUGGCAUUACCCGAUGUUUGGCUUCUCUAGUCCUUUUCCCAGAGUAGACAGUGAGCAGCUCUUGCUUUUACUGGGCUCUUUUGAGACUGGAGGAUAUAGAUAUUACAUAAUGCCUAGCCCAGAGGGUAUGAUCACCAAGUACUUACCCUCCUGUCCAGCCUGGCCAAACUAAGGUGAGCUUGAGAGGCAGAGUUCAGGUUUGUAAUGGCACAGUCUUUGUCUUUAAGAGGACAGCCUUGGCCUACGUAGUGCUUCCGUGUCUCUCUGGCCCUGAGAUCUCUGACAAGGUAUAAACCUCUGUGCCUUACUUUUCCCAGGUGCGAAAUGGGACGAAUAUGCAUACAUAUGUGCUAAUGUGUUCUAAUUUUAUCAAGAUAAA